AUGGGGAAGAGAAAGUCGAACUCUGCCAACGCGGCAAGAGUACUUGAAUCCACUGUAUCUCCAAUUUUAGAAAUCAAUUAUUCGGAUCCAUUAUUUUCUAUGGCUGCUCAUCCAACCAAACCUAUAUUACUUUCUGGGUUAGCUACAGGUCAUGUGUACUGUACAAAGUAUGAUUCUGAAGCUUUAGAAGAGGCCCAAACUGCGAAAAGAGAAGAGAUUUCUACUUUAGAAAGAGAGGCAUUCAAAAAGGGGAAAAUUGCUGCAGUAAACAAGUCAGUUUCACAAACUAAAAAGAAAUGGUGGACUGUCAUUGAAGACAAUUCCAAUAUAAAUAACGCUAAUGUUGUUAAUCUUUGGAAAACGAAACGUCAUAAAGGAUCUUGUAGAUCUGUUCUUUUUGAUCCACUUGAAAGUAGUGUAGGAGAAAGCAUUUUCACUGUGGGGACAGAUCAUAUCAUUAAAAAAGCAUCAACUGAAACAGGUAAAGUGUUAUCUAAAACCUCUGUUGUUGAAGAUUUUUCUGAACCAAAAGAUGCUGUUACUAAGAUUUGCCAUUCCACCAGUCAUCCAUUUUUGCUUGCAGGAACUGAAAACGGACAUGUUUUAGUUUAUAACAGUAAAGAUUUGAAUGAUAAAUUAAAGUUUAAAGUAGAGAAGGCCCAUGAUGAUGCUAUUAAUUAUAUCCUCGCCAUGCCAGAAGUAUCUGCCUAUCAUUACUUGACUCUUGGAUCCACUACACUUUCUCAUAUUGAUAUUCGUAAGGGGAUAAUUACUCAAUCGGAUGAUCAAGAAGAUGAACUUUUAUCUAUGUGUUUUGCUACUGAUCAAAUGAACGAAGGAAAGAAUGAUACUGUUUUGGUAUCACACGGUGAAGGUAUUGUUACAAUCUGGAAGAACUCAAAGAACAGAUUAAUGGACCAAUUGAGUAGAAUUAAGGUUAAUCAAAGUGCUUCCAUCGAUGCCAUUAUUCCAACGAUGAAUAUGGACGAUGAUGAAAUGGCCGCUAGUGUGUGGUGUGGUGACAGUGAAGGUUUGUUGCACAGAAUAAAUUAUAAACGUGGUAAAGUUGCAGAAACUAGAGUCCAUUCAACUGUCAGUGGGAAGCAUGGAGCUGCCGAUGAAGUUGGUGCAUUGGAAAUCGAUUAUGAAUAUAGAUUGAUUAGUGCUGGUAUGGAUAGCUUAAAGAUAUGGUCUAAUGGGGAAGGAGAUGAUAAAUCCGAUGCGGAAAUUGAUAGCGAUGACUCCGAUUUAGAAGGUGAAAGUGAUAGUGACAAUGAAUUGGACGGAGACCUGAUGGGUUCAUCUGAUAGUGAUCUUGGACCUUCAGAUUUCUCCAGUGAUGAUGAGAAUGAAGUUAAUCUGAAGGAACAAGCGGAAGAUAAUGACAUUGAAAACUCGGAUAAUGAAGGUUCAGAUAUGUCAGACACGAAACUGGAAGAGGUGGAAGAUGCUGCACCAGUGCAAAUUGUUCGUAGAAAGAGAACAAUCCUCCCAAUCGAAGCAUCUAAACCAAAGCCAAAGAAGAAGCUCAUCGAUUUCAACACGGCUAAGAAAGAGACCCCAGAAGUAGAAGCUGAAGAACCUGCUGCUAAAAAACCGAAAGCCAAACAAUUGUCAACCAAACAAAUAAGAAACAUGCAAAAACAUGAACAUGGUAUUAGAAGAUUUGAUGAUUUGUAA